AUGUGGGCAGCAUUAACCACAUCCAUAUCUCGUAACAUCUUCUCACGCUCAAACAGGCAUGUCCUAUGGCAGGCUCUCAUGGCAUUCCAAAUCAUCUUAUUAAUGAGAGCCGCCCUUGAAAGAGACCGUCAGAGUCAAUUUAGUGUCAAUCUUGCUUCUUGGAUCUUGUCGGUUACGACGAGUAUUCUCUUCACAUUGCUAUCGGAUCAAGAGCACCGCAAAUCACUCGCUCCAUCAGCCCUCCUCCAGCUUUUCCUACUAAUAACCAUAUUUCUCGACGCAGCUCGCGUGAGAACGGCUUGGCAUCUAUCACCACAAAAUAACGAGGGAUAUAUCGCGCUGCUCUUGACAGUCCAAGUCAUCCUCAAGGUACUCUUACUCGCGGCCGAGUCUGUGUCAAAGCCAGUCAUCCUCGCCAUACCUGCUCGUCGGGUCUCCCGAGAGGAGACAUCGGGUAUCUUUGGCAAGAGCUUCGCGACAUGGGUCAACCCUCUGCUGCGGUUAGGGUGGAAGAGGAAUCUCUUAGCAGAAGACCUUGAUCCUCUUGAUGGAGACCUUGAUGGAGAAGCGGUGCUUGAGCGGCUUUCCUCAGCGUGGAAGAAUGUCGACCAGGACAAGAAUCACGCCUUAGCCAUAGCGGUCCUCAAGGCCUUCCGAGCCGAGCUCCUCUUCAUUCAUAUCCCGCGCAUCGGUAUGGUGGCUUUUGGUCUAGCACAGCCCCUUCUCGUGCAAACCACAAUUGGGUACAUCCAAAAUCACAAUGACGAGCCCAUUACCUACGGCCAAACCCUCGUCGCUGCCUUUGCCAUCACAUACCUCGGCCUAGCCAUCUCUACUAGAUGGUCCGGCCAACUCACCCAUCGCCUCAUUACCCGCAUCCGCGGCGCCCUCAUUGCGAUAAUCUACCAGAACAUGCUCACCCUCCGCGCGGAGACAGGUAAUUCCCAAGCGGCAGUCGCGUUGAUGAGCACCGAGGUUGAGCGGAUCACGGUGGCGUCUCAGUGGUGCGUCGCCAUCGUCCCUAAUCUCAUCCAGCUCGGGUUCGCUAUGUGGAUCAUGAGCGAGCAGCUUGGGGCUGUGAGCGUUGCUCCCAUCAUCAUUGCGCUUCUCAGUGUGUCGGCCGGUAUUAGAACGGGCCAGUUGAUCCCGCCGCGGCAGAGGAGGUGGAUGCAGGCGAUCCAGAAGCGUGUUGGCAUCACAACAGAAGUCAUCGGCUCAAUUAAGGGCGUCAAGAUGAGCGGCCUGACUAGCACAGUCCAGGACCAGAUUCAAGGUCUCCGAGACUUUGAGCUGGAUGAGUCCAAGAGGUUCAGAAGAGUGCAGAUUCUCAACGUUCUCAUCGGUCAAUUUCCAUCAAUCAUGACUCCGUCUAUUACCUUCGCCGCCUUUGGCAUCAUCUCAAAGUUAUCCGGCGGUCAGCCGCUCAACGUAGUCCAGGCUUUUACAUCACUCAGCCUCCUCGGUAUCCUGAUCAACCCCGUCUCCGAGCUAGUCAUGAUCCCAAACAACCUCGGAGCCGCCAUCGGAUGCAUAGACAGAAUCCAGGAGUACCUCGUCAAAGAGAAGCGGGUGGAUUAUCGCCUCUUCAAGUCAAACACCUCUCCAGACACCGCGGCGCAGGGAAGCAACGGAAAUAGCGAGCCGUCGCAAACUGACAGCCAGGUCCGACCCCUGAUCAAAGUCUCGAACGGUUCCUUCGGUUGGCACAAAGACCAAGCCAUUCUCAAGUCACUAAACCUCGAGAUCCGCCGAGGGAGUCUCACAGUUCUCGUCGGGCCCGUCGGCUCCGGCAAAUCUACAUUGCUCAAGUCCCUUGUGGGGGAAACCUACCGUACCUCAGGGUCGGUGGAGUAUGCAAGCUCAACGGACGUGGCAUACUGCGACCAAGACCCCUGGAUCCUGAACCAGAGCAUCAAGGAAAACAUCAUCGGUAGCGUUGCUACGCACGACACGACUGACUUCUACAGCACGGUUAUUCGAGCAUGCCAAUUGGAAGAGGAUUUCGAUCUACUCCCGCAGGGCGACGAGACCAUAGUUGGAAGCUCAGGCUCGGCUCUCAGUGGUGGUCAAAAGCAUCGGAUUGCACUUGCCAGAGCCGUUUACAGCGGAAAGCAAAUCAUCAUCAUGGACGAUAACCUGAAAGGCCUCGACUCCAAGACGGCUUCGAAAUGCUUCAGCGCCCUGUUUGGCACUGAUGGAAUCUUGCGUGGGGAGGGUAGGGCCUCAAUGAUGGCCACAGCCUCAUGGCUUCGUGCUGCGGAUAACAUUAUUUCCCUCAGCAGCGACGGAAUCAUCUCGGAGAUGGGCUUAUACGAAGACCUCUACAAGACCGGAGGCUACGUCAGUACUCUUAAGGUCACCCAGAAGAGUGACCACGAUAAUAGCGAUUCAGAAGAAGCAGAAACAGAAAUCCAAGAGCAUGCCAACAAGAAGGACAAGGCUGCCGCGGUUCGCAAGCCAGAUGACUCUCUCAAAAUAAAGACUCGUGGCGCAGCGAACACGAGUUCGCUCUUGUAUUACAUCAAGUCAAUGGGAAUUACACCCUUUGGGCUUUUUGUGGUGAUGGUCGUUUUCCAGACAAUCUGCAGAAUCAUGCAACGUCUCUGGGUCAAAUUCUGGGUCGCUGCCAACGAGAAAGGAGGACAAGAUAACCUAGGGUUGUGGGUUGGCGUCUACAUCCUCUGGGGCACCUUAACGGAAAUGGCUCUCGCCAUCGAGUGCUACUACUUCCUCGUUAUCAUUGUUCCUCACUCGGCUAAGGGGCUUCACUUUAGCGUUCUCAAAGCCGCUCUCUUAGCGCCCCUGUCUUUCUUCAUCAAGACCGACACAGGCAUUAUUAUUAACCGAUUCAGCCAAGACAUUAAUCUCGUCGACCUCCCCCUCCCUCUCGCCUUCAUGCUAACCUUUGACAACCUCACCCUCGCAAUAGCAGACAUAACCCUAACAACCCUCGCCACACCAACCCUGUCCCUCUCCAUCCCCAUUCUCAUCCUCCUUCUCUACCUUCUCCAACGAGUCUAUCUCCAAACAUCCCGUCAAAUCCGCCUGCUCGACCUCGAGACCAAAUCCCCGCUCUUCUCGCACUUCAUCGCGUCCGCCACCGGCCUCAUCACCAUCCGCGCCCUCGGACCCCACUGGACCUCCCGCGUGCAAUCGCAGAACCUACAACGGCUAGAUCUCUCCCAGCGCGCCUUCUACGCCAUGGGAAGUCUGCAAAAAUGGCUUCUACUAGUACUGAACCUCGUCGUUGCGGCGUUGGCGGUGUUGUUGGUGGCGUCUGCUGUUGUGUUAAGGGACCGGAUCGAUGCGGGGUUGCUCGGUGUCGCGCUCGUGAGCGUCAUGACGUUUGGACAGCUGUUGACGCUGUUGUUGAACUAUUGGGCGCAGCUGGAGACUAGUUUGGGUGCUGUGGCGAGGAUCAGGGAGUUCGAGGCGGAGACUCCAUCUGAGGAGAACGAAGAUCAUGACGAGGAUCCUGCGGUGAAGGAAGAGUGGCCUUCCAGGGGGCGGAUUGACAUGCGGGACGUGUCGGCAGCGUACGAUGACCAUCAGGUUCUCAGCGACUUCAAUCUCACCAUAGAGCCUGGCGAGAAGGUAGCCAUCUGCGGACGAACGGGUAGCGGGAAGUCUACUCUUCUCGCGCUCCUGCUUCGACUUCACGAGCCAUCUACUGGUGUGAUUGAGGUAGACGGUGUAGAUAUCCGCAGCGUACCCGUCACACGGCUUCGAGAGACUCUCGUCGCGCUGCCACAGGAUCCGCUCUUCCUACCCGGGACUGUUCGUCUCAACCUAGACCCGUUUAACUCUUGCAAAGACGAUACCAAUAUCUGGAAUGCUUUGGAGAAGACGGGGCUGAAGGCUCUAUUCGAAGACAAAGGAGGUCUCGAGGCCGAUCUGAACACUGACUGGCUGAGUGCAGGACAGAAGCAGCUAUUUUGCAUGACCAGGGCCAUCUUGAGGGACAGUCGUGUCUUGCUGCUGGAUGAAGCGACAAGCAGUCUCGAUCAAGCCACAGAACAGAUCGUGCAAGAUCUCAUCGGCAGCGAGUUCCAAGGCUGGACAAUCAUCGUUAUCGCGCACCGACUACGGGCUGUCGUGGACUUUGAUAAGGUUGUUACGCUCCAGGAUGGGAAGGUUGUCGAAUUUGAUAGUCCCAAGAAGUUGCUCGAGGGCGGAGGCACGUUUGCUGCGAUGUGGAAGCUUCAAGAAGCAGAGGAGCCAAGCGUUGUGUUCCAACUAGAAUUAUCGAAAAGGGGCUUGCAGUGUAAAUCUGUGCAUUCAUCUCCAUAG